UCUCUCUUCUUUCUUCUACGUGGACUCUUUCGCCUCGUAAUGGAGAGCGGGGGCGGACAGGCGAGGGUCGGCAACGGUUUUGGCGGAUUUACAGCGUGGGGUUUCUGCGAUCCGGCCGCCGGAAGCAUCGUCGUUGAGGCUGAGACGGCUGUGGCGCCGUCGUCGUCAUCGUAUGGCAUCCCUGCCAUCACAAUCGCGUCAACAUUUGGUGAACGCGGAGUGGUUCCCAGCAGAGACCACCAGCACGCUACGGAAGGCGAGCUAUAUAGCUAUAGGCAGCAGCAACAACGGCAGUACCUUACGUGCCUGAAGCUUGGGAAGCGGCAGUACUGCGGCAGAGGAGGCGCGGCGGAGUUGGAAGAAUCAACGGCAACGAAGCGGUCUGCGCCGACGGCGAGGGCUCUGGUGCCGAGGUGUCAGGUGGAAGGUUGCAAUAAAGCUCUUGUUGACGCGAAAGACUAUCAUAAGAGGCAUAAGGUCUGUGAGAUGCACUCCAAGGCCCCUUGCGUUGUUGUCUUAGGCGUGGAGCAGCGAUUCUGCCAGCAAUGUAGCAGGUUUCACAUUGUAGCAGAGUUCGAUGAUUCGAAGAGGAGCUGCCGGAGGAGGCUUGCGGGGCAUAAUGAGCGCAGAAGGAAGAGCAGCAACGGGAACCCAUCUUUAGAAAGCACGAUAAUGAGCACCAGAUUCCCCAUCAUAUCAAACUCCCCUACUAGUGCUCUCUCUCUUCUGUCAUCCACUGCCACUCCAUGGGCGUCCGCUCCCGAGCUUUCCUCUCGAUCAAGUGCUGCUCUACGAGAACUAAUUGCAGAGAACCGUGCUACAUCCUUUGCCAAGCAAUUAUUUUCUGACCGGAGUAGCUUGCCCUUCAUGGCUCAACCAUCUUGUGCUUCACUCUCUUAUGAUCCCCACCACCACCAAUUUCCAUUUCAAAUACCAGCAGCUCCAGUGAACAAUGGAUCUGGUAACCAUCUAACACUGGAUCUGAUGCAGUUACCUUCAUCUUCUGUAGAUCAAUUCUUAUCAGGAAGGAACAAGUCCAAGGAUGAGGAUGAGGAGUGCUGUGAAAUCUGGAAAUCCUUAGAGGCUCACGUCGUCUGAACAAUUUCCAUCUUUGGCUUCUGUUUUGGUUCUUCAACUCCAGGUGUUCUUACUUUUGCGCCAUUUAAUUUAUUUUUAUGAUUUGGAGCUUCGUAUAUAGUUUAUAAUCAUCGUGUACUUACAUCCACCUGUUA